AUGUUCGAAGACAAUUUGCUGAAGAGCGUGCAGGAUCAUCUACGAAUUUCGGAAGAAGACAUGCAAAUAUCUAGCAUGAAAAAGGCCGUGAACGUAGAAAAGCUAACAGAACUCGUUGCCGCUUGCCGUGCUUAUGAAAAAGAGAUGUCUAGUCUCAAGCGAGAUGUCGAGGGUGCGACUCAUGAAAUCAACCGCGCCCGCUCAAGAAUCACCGAGUUGAAGUGUCAAUGCGACGCGCGCCCUGGUAGCUCAAACUUUCGAAAACUUCUGCUGAGAGCAAAGACAGCUUCUCCAAACUUCGAAACUGAGGCAAGUUCGAGUGGGUAUCAGCAAGUUCGUCGACAGUUACAAUUCGACUCGGCAUACUGUUCGUUUCACAGGUGCAUGAAAUUUGAGACUACUUCAGACGUCCGAAUUGUCGACAUAAAGCACUGCCUUCUUGAACUGCUACGGAUAGCUUCGCAUGACUAUUCUGGUCUCCUUAAGUCAGCAAACGCCAUGCUAGAAGACGAAGUAGGUCGUCGAAGAGCGCUUACUUCUUUGUAG